AUUCAUACCGCGCCGCCCAUGGCACAGCACCAGAACGUUGGUUUAUUCAGAUGGAAAUACUUCCUUCGUGUGCGCCCCACUGCUUUCCACGGAUACAAGCUUGAAAGCUCCCCGGAUAUAAGUGUAGCCAAGGGAGCUAGUGCAACCGAGCCUAGUACCUUCUUAUCGCGAUGUCCUCCACUCCCCACCAUAGCAGUACCCUCGACGAUAAGAAGGACGACCUCAGAGUGGACGUUCUGCGGGCUGGAACUCAAGAUAUCUAUUCGGGGGAAUCCUUAGAUCCUGUGUACCAUGCAAAGGCGAAGAUCCUAAACGAUGCUAUCCAAGAAAUAGGCAUGGGGAAGUACCAACGGUGGCUAUUUUUUAUCGUCGGAUUCGGUUGGUUUUCGGAUAAUCUGUGGCCGUCCACUCUCGGCUUGAUUUACACUUCGGUAACACGGGAGUUCAACGUCCUCGGAGAAUGGAUGCUACUCGGACAGUCGCUUGGUCUGCUCGUCGGAGCAGUCUUCUGGGGCGUCGGUUGCGACGUCUGGGGUCGGAGGUGGUCCUUCAACCUUACUCUCCUCAUAACGGGUGUUUUUGCCCUCGCUGCUGGUGCAUCCCCUAACUACUACACAUUGUGUGUAUGCAUGACUUUUUGGUCUAUCGGCGUCGGGGGAAACCUCCCUGUCGAUUCCGCUGUCUUUCUUGAAUAUAUUCCCGCUUCUCAUCAAUACCUGCUGACGGUGCUCUCCAUCUGGUGGGCGAUCGGUCAGCUCACCGGCGCCUUGGUCGCAUGGCCACUGAUCAGCAACUUCUCUUGUCCAACUACCUCGACAACCUGCCCCUCGUCGUUGAACAAAGGGUGGCGCUACUUCCUCUUCACCAUGGGCGGGGUCAUGAUAGUCAUGUGGAUUCUCCGGUUCUUCGUAUUCAAUCUACAAGAGAGCCCAAAGUUCCUUAUGAGUCGUGGGAGGGACGAGGAAGCAGUUGCAGUCGUGCACAAAGUGGCUGCUUUCAACGGGAAAACGAGUAACUUGACGAUCGAAGAUCUCAAGGAAGCCGAAAGGCUCUUUGGAUCUCCCCGAGGCGAGGCUGCAAUGGCAACGUCCGCGGGGGCCGCUGUGGCGAGGAAGAUCAAGACGCUCGACAGGAGUCACGUUAAGCCACUGUUUGCGACACGAAAACUGGCUUACUCGACGUGUCUGCUGAUUGUUUUGUGGGCUUUGAUUGGACUGGCGUUCCCUCUGUACAACGCUUUCGUGACUUACUAUCUAGAAACACGAGGAUCAGCUGUCGGACAAACUUCGAUCUAUACUACUUACCGUAAUGAAGUCAUCUUGAGUGUUAUCGGUGUACCCGGGGCACUAAUGGCAGGUUACCUCGUCGAAGUCCCGAUCCUCGGACGGCGUGGCACCCUCGCCAUCUUCACUGUCCUCACUGGUGUCUUCAUCCUCGCAUCAACAACUGCUAGAACGUCCAACACGUACCUUGCAUGGAAUUGUGGAUACAGCUAUACCAGCAACGUGAUGUACGGCGUCUUGUACGCCCUCUCUCCCGAGCUAUUCCCAACCAAAACCAGGGGGACAGGAAACGCCAUCGUCGCCACUGCAAAUCGUGUCUUUGGUUUGAUGGCGCCAAUCAUCGCGAUGGAGACAAGCAUCACAACGUCCAUCCCGAUAUGGGUCGCUGGAGGGAUAUUCGUUGCAGCUGGUUUUAUUGCAUUGUUGUUACCCUUUGAACCCCGCGGCAAAGCAUCUCUGUAAAAUAACAAUGUAGCUUAGAUACCUCGCCCUCGAGUCCCGUACAUAGAAUAAUAUGAAGACAUGCACUCCC